CGUCAAGGCUAGAGGGCGGAUGUCAUUCGAAUGCGGCUGGGGUAACUUGUCGUAGCGAGGGCUUGCCUCACCAAACUUGGACUACAUACCAGGUACAUACGGUAACUAUCCAUCCCAUUGACAAUGGCGCAUAGCAAAAGGAACACGAGCCGGCCCAUCUUCACGUCGCACGAACGGGCCAUGGCCCGCGCGGCCUGGGGCUCCUCGACGGCUCGCCUCUCUCGGGAUUCGUUCCUGCCCUUCGCUUCGUGCUGGCUGUGCCUCGAGCCCGCCAUAGAUCCCGUUGCCUGCAUGCACGGCGAUGUUUUCUGCCGCGAGUGCGCCCUCAGCAAUAUCCUAGCCCAGAAGAAAGAGAUCAAGCGCGCCGAGAAAGCUCGCGAGCAAGAGCAGCGCGAAGCCCAAGAGGAGAAGGCACGCCGAGAUGCCGAGGCUCAGGAACGUGCCAUACGAGAGUUUGAGCUUACCCAGGCCGGUCUGAGUAUCAAGAGAGGGAGUACAAGUGGUGCCGGGAAGGGGGAGACGGGGCGACCUGUAGAGCGGGAAAGUCAAAAUGAGAUUGGGAAGGGCGAGAGCUACGCCUCAGAGAAGAGCGCCGUAGCAGGGGUGAAGCGCAAGUUCUCGCUUGACCCGGACGAAGUCGGCCGCAUCGCUGAGGAGGAACGGGCAAAGGCGAGGAGAGCAAUCGACGAAGAAAAGGCGUCAAAGGUCACACUCCCAUCCUUCUGGUCACCUACGGUAACACCGUCUUCAAAUAGCAACAACGUUCUGCAUGAGACAACACGAAAGGCCAAGACGCAGCCGGUGUGCCCGGCGGCUCCAGAAGACAACCCACACCACUAUUCACUACACACACUGGUUACAGUCAACUUCACAGAAGAGGUGGACUCGGAUACUAAACAGCCCCGGCGGACCUGUCCAGCUUGCAACAAGGGUCUUUCGAAUUCGUCCAGGGCGACGCUGGUGAAGCCUUGCGGGCAUGUACUCUGCAAGAACUGCGUGGAUCUAUUCAUGAACGCAUCCAGCGGAGAGCCGGUCCGCUGUUAUGUCUGUGAAGCUGACAUCACCGGGAAAACGGAAUCUUCUUCGAGAAAAGAGGGCAGGACUGGGAAGGAGAAGAUCCGGCCCGGCUUGGUCGAGCUCCGGCGUGAAGGGACAGGCUUUUCAGCGGGCGGUAACAACCAAGUCAAGAAGAACGCAGUGACGUUCACUGUUUAAGACGUGAGAACCACUCCAACCACAGACAUUCUCAUAGAGAAUACAUUCCGCCCUUCAGGGGUCAGAACACGGGACAAUGCUGGAUGUAGCAACGUUGAAGUGGAACAGGCAGGAAGGCCCUGCGUUG